CGGCACUUUCUCACUCACUCCCUCACUCACUCCUUCACCCACGAGCUGCACCACACUCCCUUUCCUGUGCCGGCACCCACGCACCUGACCCAUCACCACCAUGCUCCGCAUCCUCGCGCUGGCCGCAGCUGGACUGAGCGUCUUCACAUCCACCACCGCCCAAACGCUCCCCGCCGACAUAGUGGGAACAUGGUCGUCCAAGUCCAACUCAACCUUGACUGGACCGGGCUUCUACGACCCCAUCAAUGACAAGUUCAUCGAACCCGCCCUGACCGGAAUCUCGUACUCCUUCACCGCUGAUGGCUACUACGAAGAAGCCUACUAUCGCGCCAUCGCGAAUCCCACACGGCCGACCUGUCCCGGCGGGAUCAUGCAGUGGCAGCAUGGAUCGUGGCAGCAAAAUGCAAACGGCUCGUUGAGCUUGACACCGAUUGGCGUUGAUGGAAGACAACUGAUGAGCACACCUUGCGAGUACUCGCACGCCGUAUACACGAGAUACAACCAGAGCGAACAGUUCAAGCAAUACCAAGUCCUCGUCGAUCCAUACCAUAACAUCAAGCGUCUCAACCUCUGGCAGUGGGACGGCACGCCGAUGCAGCCCUUGUACAUUGCUUUUGACCCUCCUCAGAUGCUGCCUACCACGACCCUGCAUGCGCAGGUCACUGCGAAAGAGACUGGGAAGAGCAAAAGAGGCUUGGACUCUUCGCCAGAAGUGCCGCUCAACUGGAAGAGCAAGUACGAGCAACACACAGGCUACAUGGUGCAGCGCAUCAACCCUGAUCGACUAUGGUGGAUCGGACUUGGCUUCACCGGCAUUGGAGGGCUGCUAUACUUCGGGCCACGGCGACUUGGAUUGCGACUUUAGGACAUGUUAUUUGCCUAGGCGUUAUGGUUAUGAAUGGGGACAGGGUGUACAAUAUGCAUUGAGGAUGGAUCCACCAGGCGCAGAUAUGAGCGCGCACAGUCCCAAGAGAGGCUACAGGAUGUUUUAGACGGCAGUAACGAAGGUGUGAGAUACGGUAGUAAACAUGAAUAUCGACCGACUAGUGCGUGUUUGCUGAACGAAUAGCAGACAUAGAGACGCCCAGCCCAGUCUUGACGAAUGAAAAA